GUUUCGGGAUUGCGGAAGUUUGGGGAAGAGGGUCUGCAGGCUGCUGGUCGCUGUGCUGCUUUGGAAGAGAUUCCAGGAGGGAGGCCGCCACUUGCGGUCCGAGAGCUACCAGCCUGCUCACGUUUGAGGAAACACCGGGGGCGACUCGCCAUCCAGUGGUUGGCCUCCUUUGCCCUCGUUCCUUUACGGGGAACCGCCUCGGAUCUCAGCCAUGGCAUCCAGUUCGCCCAACCUCCAGAAAGCAAUAGAUCUUGCUAGCAAAGCAGCCCAGGAAGACAAAGCUGGGAACUAUGAGGAAGCCCUUCAGCUCUACCAACAUGCUGUACAGUAUUUUCUCCAUGUAAUAAAAUAUGAAACACAGGUUGAUAAAGCCAAGCAGAGUAUCAGAGCAAAGUGUACAGAGUAUCUUGAUAGAGCAGAAAAACUAAAGGAAUAUCUGAAAAAGAAAGAGAAAACACCACAGAAGCCAGUGAAAGAAGGACAGCCGAGUCCAGCUGAUGAGAAGGGGAAUGACAGUGAUGGGGAAGGAGAAUCUGAUGAUCCUGAGAAAAAGAAACUACAGAAUCAACUUCAAGGUGCUAUUGUUAUAGAACGACCAAAUGUGAAAUGGAGCGAUGUUGCUGGUCUUGAAGGAGCCAAAGAAGCACUUAAAGAAGCUGUGAUAUUACCUAUUAAAUUCCCUCAUCUUUUUACAGGAAAGAGAACACCUUGGAGGGGAAUCCUGCUGUUCGGACCCCCUGGGACAGGAAAGUCCUACUUGGCCAAAGCUGUAGCAACGGAAGCAAACAACUCGACAUUUUUUUCGAUAUCUUCCUCUGACCUUGUGUCCAAGUGGCUGGGUGAAAGUGAAAAGCUAGUUAAGAACUUAUUCCAACUUGCCAGAGAGAAUAAACCUUCCAUUAUCUUCAUUGAUGAAAUUGAUUCUUUGUGUGGUUCAAGAAGUGACAAUGAAAGUGAAGCUGCACGUAGAAUUAAGACAGAGUUCCUAGUUCAAAUGCAAGGGGUUGGUGUGGACAAUGAUGGAAUUUUGGUUCUGGGAGCUACAAAUAUACCCUGGGUUCUGGAUUCUGCCAUUAGGAGAAGAUUUGAGAAGCGAAUUUAUAUUCCUCUGCCUGAGGCCCAUGCCCGAGCAGCAAUGUUUAAGUUGCAUUUAGGGACCACCCAGAACAACCUCACAGAAACAGACUUCCGAGACCUUGGGAAGAAAACUGAUGGUUAUUCAGGGGCAGACAUAAGUGUCAUUGUGCGUGAUGCACUUAUGCAACCUGUGAGGAAAGUACAGUCAGCUACUCAUUUUAAAAAGUCGGAUAUGUUACGGUCACUGUCUAACACAAAACCCACAGUCAAUGAGCACGACCUGCUGAAAUUAAAGAAGUUUACAGAAGAUUUUGGCCAAGAAGGCUAGACCAAAGACAGCAAGGAAGACAUUACCUUUCUUUUGUAGGUAUUUCUGCCUUUCUUGGAUGGCGUUCAGAUUAUUUCCAGCAAAACUCUUAACCACAGAGAAAUAAUAGAUCUCAUCUCAGAGUACCUUUAUAUCUACUUUUGCUCCAUUACCAAUUAAAUGCUCCUGUUAACAACAAUUACAAGAUACUGGAUUAUAAGGAAAUGAGUGAUACAUGAAUGGCAAAAAAUAGAAAUUACCCAGUAAAAAAAGGAUUAAAGUUGAUUAAGAUACAAGCGUUUUAAAUUGCAUGUGAAUCUUUGGUCUUUGCAAAAAGCAUUCACUUUUUUUCUUUUUUUUUAACUGAAGUGAAAUAGGGCAUACUCAUAUUUUAAAAUUAAGCAUCAAUAUCAUCUGUGUAAAAUUUAUUUACUUUAUUAAAAAAUUAAAAAUAAUAGAAUCUUUACUUAUUCUCAGGGAUGGGCAGUAAAACAGCAAAGAGCACUGUGAUUGGGCUUGACAGAUUUUUAAUUAUUUUCUAGCCAAGGCUCUCAUUGAUUUUGGAUAGGUUGACAAUUUUCUCCAUGUAGGUUUAAAUAAUUUCUUUAAAGACAGCAACCUUUUAUAUUUAACUAAAUAAUACCUUUCACUGUGCAAUCUGAAGAGAAAGACUUUCUAAAUUUAGCAUUGUCUUUAUCUUGGAGAAGAAAAUUGUCUAUUUCAGUGUCUUUUUGUAGUGAGAUUGACCAAAACAGAUGGUAAAUAAAUAUGUACUUUUAAGUAACUGUCAUAAAAUACUGUAAUGGGAACCUUUAUAAAAGGAAUGGCCUCGUUUUGGAUUAUGGAAAAUUUCUUUUAGGUGUAUGUGUACAUAUAUAUAUAUAUAUAUAUAUAUAUAAUUUUUUUAGUAUAGGAUAGCAAGGAUCUUGUCUUUUUCCUUUUAAGUUCAAGGAACAGUUUGUCCUGGCCACACAUAUGUUUAUCAGUGUAAUGCUUCAUGAAGCUUUAGAAAUGAGCGGAUGUCUCAUUAAUAAAAUACAAACAUGAUAUUACGUUAUUUUUAAUAUCUUCAAAUAAUCUGAGGGUGUAUGUUACAUACUUAAGCAGCAGCACAAAGUUGUGCCUUGUGCAUUUGCAUUGGCUGUGUGUGCAAAGGGUUAUUACUAAGUAAGCGAGAGUGAGGUAAGUGACUGAAUUAGUGUACAGUUCUGCCUUGCAAAUGCUGUAGAAUAACUUGCAUUUUAAAAUACAUUUGCACAUUUUACAUGAUUGCUAUGUGGUUGCCUUUGGGUUCUGGACAGAUUAUUUUUGUUAAUAACAAAUGGAAAUCAUAGGCCUGAAAUACACUGUUCUUGUGUGAAGUAAAUUGAUAUAUAACCUACUAUUGGCUAUAUCCUGUCUGUUCUUCUUAUUUGGGGAUCUUCUGUAUAGAGAGAAAAUACUAUCUAAGUUGAUGAGAUACAAAGACAUCGUUAAAAUUAUUAAUUAAAAUGUAUACAUGAAAA